AUGGGUCUGCUAGUUAUGGCAAUAUUACUAAGUUUAUUGUCCAAAGAAGUAAACCUUGUCUUGGGGGACAUAGGCACUGCUACAUCUUAUGAACCCCCAUACACACCAACAAAAUGCAAUGGGAAUAGAGAAGAUCAAUUCCCACCAGGAAAUCUAUUUGUUGCAGUGAGUGAAGGGUUGUGGGACAAUGGGGCUGCAUGUGGCCGGCGUUAUAGGCUGAGAUGCCUGAGUGGCCAAAAUCGGCCAUGCAAGGGUGGUACCGUCGAUGUUAGGGUGGUGGAUUUUUGCCCUAAAAGACCCUGCCCUUCCAAUAUCCUCAUGUCAAAGGAUGCUUUUGCAGCGCUAUCUCGUUCUCCUAAUGCAAAAAUCAACAUCGAAUUUAUCCAGAUUUGA